CAAAUUCUAAUCCCUCACCUGUGUGUGGGCCCGCUGUAAAGACUGACCGUAACACCUCAAACGACCUUCAGAGGGUGAGUUUAUGCUCUUAUGCUGCGUGUUACAGAAAUAUGAUACGGCCGUGCCUACACGGUCCGGGAUAUGCACCAAUAUCAUUGGGGAAUGGCCUGGAUUCGAUGGAUUGGGUUUGGAUGAGUUGGAUCACACCUACUUUGUUCCAAAUAUCAGUCACUCGAGAUCGGUCGCUGAACUCGCUUUUUCCACCCGCAGAACUCAUCAAGGAGCCGAACGACGGCAGAUUCCUCUCUAAGACAAAAUGGCAUCUACAGCAAAGGCCGUCCAGACAUUCGGCAAAAAGAAGACUGCUACUGCAGGCCGUGGCAUCAUUCGCGUGAACGGCUCUCCUAUCAACCUUGUCCAGCCCGAGAUUCUCCGCUUCAAGAUCUACGAGCCCGUACUUGUAGCUGGUGAAGAUUCAUUCGCACCACUUGAUAUCCGUGUGCGCGCCAAGGGUGGUGGACACACGUCGCAGGUGUACGCUAUCCGUCAGGCUAUUGCUAAGGCUCUUGUCGCAUACUACGCCAAAUACAUCGAUGCAUACAGCGCAAUGGAGUUAAAGAAAAAGUUGGUGGCGUAUGACAGGACGCUGUUGAUCGCAGAUCCCAGACGGAUGGAGCCGAAAAAGUUUGGUGGUGCUGGUGCUCGUGCUCGCAGGCAAAAGAGUUACCGGUGAAGAGACUUUUUGGUGCAUAUCUUUUUAUCAUGUUACUCCUUUGCUUUUCAACAAUGCCAUGAUAGCACGCGUGCAACUAUGAUUAUGAAUCUGGAGUUUCUCCUGUGCAUGAGACGUUAAACUUGAAGCACUAUUCUU